AUGGGAGGAAUUAUAAGUAAAUAUAAUGGUACUGAUGAAUAUAACGUGUUGUUUGUGGGAUUAGAUGGUUCUGGGAAGUCAAGUAUACUGUAUCAUUUCUUGGGACUUGGAAAAGACACUACUAAAAUACCAGUACUUUGUAGUUUUACUGAAUCAGUGUCGUACAAGAACAUUCAAUUUACGUCUUACGAUCUUGGUGGUGAUAAAGGACCGUUUGGUCAAGACGACCUAUUUCAAAAAACAUCUGCUAUCGUCUUUGUCUUGGAUGCAUCCGACCCAUUGAGGCUAGAUCAAUCUAGAAUCGAGUUGACCAAACUACUAAACAAUGAGCAUCUACAGACUGCAAGUGAGAUAGUCUUAAUACUUGCCAAUAAAAUGGAUAGACCUGAUGCUAUGACAAUCGAUCAAAUAAGAACCAUCUUGUUGGACCAUCCAUCUAUUGUCGAUUGUGCAAUCAAACCAACUAUUGGAAAUAAUCCUGAAAUUGGUAAAGAUGGUUUCAUUGAUGCUAUGAAUUGGUUAAUAAAUAAAUUGGAAAACAAAUCAUAA